AUGCGGUCUUUCUAUCUAGCCCCCAUCCUCUUUGCUGGAGCCAUCCGCGCAUGGCUCCCACAGGAUCACGACCUACCAGCAUUCAACCAGACCCGUCGUUUCGAGGCGCUUGGUAAACGAUUCGAGCCCCAUCUACCCAAUGGGGUCACCAAGAUUCGUGGUGUUAACUUUGGGGGGUGGCUUAUAUGUGAGAAAUGGAUGAUGGAAGAUGAGUGGAGCAAAAUGGGUUGUGGCAGUUCCGCAUCCGAGUUUGACUGCAUGCUCGACCACUAUAAAGGGAACAAUCGCGAGGCUGGCAACCAAGCGUUCGAGAACCAUUGGAAGACCUGGAUCGAUCCUUCGACUGUACAGUCUGUUCACGAUGUCGGGUUGAAUACCAUCCGCAUUCCAAUCGGCUAUUGGUCCUAUAAUGACAUCGUCGAUACCGCGAGUGAACCUUUUGCUGAUGGCAGCCGUAUGCUCCCUUACCUGGAUGCUGUCAUUCAGAAAGCUGCCGAUCUUGGCCUAUAUGUUAUUCUCGAUCUUCACGGUGCCCCUGGUGGACAACAGCAAGACGUCUUUACCGGCCAGAACCCUAAUCCAGCCGGGUUCUACAACGACUACAACUUCGGCCGCGCUGAGAAAUGGCUCGCGUGGAUGACAAACCGCAUCCAUACACACCCGGCAUAUUCCACCGCCGUUGGAAUGAUCGAAGUUCUCAAUGAGCCAGUCUCAAGGCACGACGGUGGGAAUCGCUACCCGGCUCCCGGUCAAGACCCAGGCUUGGUGCAGAAGUACUAUCCCGGCGCCCUGAAGGCAGUCCGCGACGCCGAGGCUGCGCUCAAUGUUGCAGAUAAUAAGAAGCUCCACGUGCAGUUCAUGUCCAGUAAGUGGGACUCUGGCGACGCGCGCACCAAUGCUGCCAUCGCAAACGAUCCUUUCACCUCUUUUGACGACCACAACUACAUUGGCUUCGCCCAGCAGAACAGCGGGGACCAGUAUCGUCUCAUGCACAGUGCGUGUACCGAUUCACGUGUCGUCAACGGUCAGGAUUUUGCAAUCACAGGCGAGUGGAGCAUGACAUCUGGAGUAGAUUGGCAUGACGGAAACUUCUUCAAGAAAUUUUUCACAGCGCAGCAACAACUCUACGAGACACCGGGCAUGGACGGCUGGGUUUUCUGGACUUGGAAGACGGAGCUGAAUGACCCUAGGUGGACUUAUUCUUAUGCUACAUACCUCGGUUAUGUUCCGACUGACGCAGCGGGUUUGCAAAAUAACGUCUACCAAGACGUUUGUGCCGGGUACAGAUGA